AAUAUAUGUGAUGAUCUGAUAGAUUCAGUCAAAUCCAAAUUUGCCAGAGAGAGGGAUGCCAAGGAAACAGACAUCAUUAAAAUCAAGGCAUUCAUUGGUUUAUUAUACCUUGCUGGAGCAUACAGAAGAAAUCAUCAGUCUGGAGGAGCUAUAGGGCACAGAAGAAGAUGGGUUGAGAAAUUUGACCUGGUGAUGAGCAUAAAAAGAUUCAAGUUCCUCAUACAUUGUAUUCGUUUUGACGAUCGUACGAGCCGAGCACAACGGAAAGAAUAUGAUCGACUUUGCCCAAUUCGUGAAAUGUUCGAUUGUUUUGUUCAAAACUGCCAAAAAAAACUACCUCCUCGGAGAAAAUGUUACAAUUGAUGAGAUGCUGCCAGGGUUCCGUGGGAGGUGUGCAUUCAGGCAAUACAUUCCCUCCAAACCAAACAAAUAUGGUAUAAAGGUAUUUGCCCUUGUUGAUGCCAAAAUGAUAUACACCUGCAACAUGGAGAUAUGCACAGGAAAACAGCCUGAAGGGCCAUUUUUGGUCAGCAACAAGCCAAGAGAAGUGGUGAAACGAAUCGCCGAACCCCUUUUUGAGACAGGGCGCAACAUAACCACUGAUAAUUGGUUCACAGACAUAGAUCUCGUUAAUGAUUUGAAAAAAAGAGGCUUUCUUAUGUUGGCACAAUUAAAAAAAAUAAAAGACAGAUACCAGACAAUUUUGUCAAUAUCUCAACACAGCAGCUUGUUCCGCUUCAACAACGGUAACACUUUGGUUUCAUACAUUCCAAAGAAAGGGAAAAAUGUGAUUCUCGUUUCAUCACUCCAUGAAACUAAUGCCAUUGAUCAAAAUACCAGAGAGCAGCAAAAGCCAGAAGUGAUUACGUUUUACAAUACCACCAAAGGUGGAGUUGACACUACUGAUCAAAUGUGUGCAACGUUCAGUGUGAGCUGGAACACAAGAUGCUGGCUGAUGGUCAUCUUCUUUGCCUGUCUGAACGUAGCCGGCAUAAAUUCUCAAGUGAUUUCGAUUGCGAAUAAACUGGAACCGCUAAAAAGGAGAAUCUUCCUUAAAACUUUGUCUCAUCAACUUACGAUUGGACAACUAGCCCAACGAAGUCUAAAUACAAGGGGAAUGCCGACUCACCUACAAUUCCGCUUGAAAAGGUUUUUACCACAAGAAAAACCUGAAAAUAUUACCACCAUACCUCCAAAAAGACGCAAAUGUGCAUGGCUGAAACAGGAUUUAGAAGGAUGACAAAUUAUGAAUGUAAAAAUUGUCAUCAACCUUAGCCUUAGCCACGUAAAUCCACUGUGCCAAGCCUGUUAUUCAGCUGCAGAUUUCGAAGAUUCACCGUAGGUUUCUACCCGCUACAGCGGCAAAGAAUGGUUGCGCCACAUCAGACUGUAUACUACAU